GAAGUAGUAGUGACCCAACGUCGUCUUUCAGCCCCUCCGAUCCCCUUGCUUAGAUUUCGUUGCUGGGAACGAGCCACAGAUUCCUCAUUGCUCUCUCUCUCUCUCUCUCUCUCGUUCUCUUUCACUCCGCCGCCAUGGCCAACAUACCGUCAAUCCGGGUUAAAAAUCUGUCAUAUCAAUUUCAGGAUGGUUCAUCCGGCCUGGCAGGUGUAAGCCUCGACUUACCAGCCGGAAGUCGAACUGUACUCAUCGGAGCCAAUGGAGCGGGAAAAACCACCCUUCUACGGUUGCUCGCGGGCAAGCGUCUCGCUCCCGACGACACAAUCACCGUCGGCGGCAAGGACCCCUUCAAGGAGGGUCUGGAAGGUGUGACUUAUCUAGGCGUCGAGUGGGUUCUUAACAAUAUUGUCCGGACGGACAUCGACGUUCCUACACUACUGGCUUCUGUGGGCGGGAAUGCCUAUCCCGAGCGGAGGGACGAGCUUGUAGAUAUUCUCGAUAUUGACUUGCGGUGGCGCAUGCAUGCUGUGUCUGAUGGAGAGCGGCGCCGCGUCCAGUUGGCCAUGGGUCUGCUCCGACCCUGGCAAGUCCUACUCCUCGAUGAAAUCACCGUUGACCUGGACCUGCUAUCCCGCCAUAAUUUCCUCUCUUUUCUAAAGCGCGAGACCGAAACUAGACCUUGCACCAUAGUGUAUGCGACACACAUCUUGGACAAUUUGUCUCAAUGGCCAACACAUUUGGUGCACAUGAAUCUUGGUAAUGUCAAGCAGUGGGGCCCAAUUGAAAAGUUCCAGAAAGAAGUGCCUGAAACAUCCGAAAAUAGCCAGCUUGGAGAGCUCGUUCUAAAGUGGCUCAAGGAAGAUCUCAAGGCCAGAGGUCCUAGAAAUGGGCGGCAUGGCCAAGCCAAGACCUACGAGUCGUUUGAUGGGAUGGGGGGAUAUGGCCUUGAAAAAAGGAAUUGAACCAAUGACUCUAAUCCUAUCAGUCUCGUUCUGGCUUAGACCCUCUCCCUAUUCAUCUCCUUUUCGCCCUUUGCUGUUUUCUUUCUUCUCAGUUUAUCUGUUUACUUAUUUAUCAUUAUUUAUUUUUGCGGCUCAUUCAAAAAUAUUUACUUUU